UGGCCAGGGUCCCUCCUGGAAACCUGCCGUCGGCGUAGAGCUCGGGUUGUUCUGAGUCAGAGCCCGGGGUUUCUGUGAUGCAAGUCCUCCCCCGUCCGCGGUGGAAAGGGGGGAAAUUCGAGCGGCGUCCCCUUGCCCGCCGAUGAUGUCAGUCCCGCGGAGAAGGAGGGCUCUCCAGGCGAGGGCAGCUCGCGCGACUAGCCCUAUAUGUCGACGCCGGAGCCUCUGUGUGCCGUGUGCAAAGUGUUAGAAAAAUGGACGGGCCGGCCCGGCACCGACCAGACGCUUUCUGAGAUCCUCCGAACUCAGGUAGUGCGAACCGACCCGUUCUGUGUUCUUCGAGCAAGCCCGCUCCAAACCAAAGACAGUAGCCAUGCCUUUCAAGCCCGUUGAACAGGCCAAGUGCCCCAAGUGCGGCAAGUCCGUGUACGCGGCGGAAGAGAUGCUAGCAGCAGGUGCCAAGUGGCACAGGACAUGCUUCGUGUGCGGACUGUGUCACAAGAGGCUGGACAGCACCAACGCCACCGAGCACGGCGGUGAACUCUUCUGCAAGCAGUGCUACGGCAGGAAGUUCGGCCCCAAGGGAUACGGCUUCGGCGGCGGCGCCGGAUGCCUCUCCAUGGACAAGGGCGAGCACCUCGGCAACACCGAGUGCGCCAUGUCCAACAAGCCACACGACCCCACCUACGGCUAAACACACGGUGUCGGUUCCACACUCCUCGAAAAAAACCAGUGAUGCACUUUUGUAGGACUUUUUUUUUCUUCUUUCCACCAUCGUCAUGCACCACCCGUGGCCGACGAAGAAGGGCGACGAGUGAAGAUACGUAAGGAUUCUUGCUCUCGCCACGUCUUCCGACGUUGCGUCUCAUCCAGAAACAGAAUGUCUACAACAAAUUCCCCUUCAGCCGGAGAGGAGGAUUCAGCUUUCCAAGACCUUUUCCACGGCAUGGUCCGCCACGACAACCAAGAACCCGUUCUGCCCUUGGUCAUGUGGUUCUAUGUUCCGGGAAACGAACUGAGUUCCUCGUCUUGGACUAAUCGGCCUUAACCGCGAAAGCGCAAAGUGAAUAAGACGAACGAACAACCCCUCAGACGCAAUUUCCGAUAUUGUGUUCCUUAACAUUCUUUUGUCGUCACUCAGAUUAUUACUAUUAUUAUUAUUUGACAACGAAAAGCCACUUCGUUCACGAGAAUAGUCUCAAGACCCAAGCAAGCUUUUCGUUUAUUGAAUUGUUUUUACAACUUCGUCGCUUCUCGUUUUUUUUUUUUUUUUUUAAUAUCGGUUUCCUCUUUUGCUAACGUUGAAAUGAACGAGAGCUAAAGCGACAAGUGAAGAGUUUUUAUCUAGUCUAAGCGGCUGAGUUGGAGCCAUGCGUGACUGCUGCGAAGUGUGUCGUACCUGCUUCUGAAAAAAACCGCCUUUGAAACGUUGGAAAAAUGCUGAUGCUAUCGGCGACAUUUUUUUUUCUUUCAUCGCGAUCUUCAAGGUGGACGAUCAGCAGCAGGCGCAACGCAUGGGGCCUGGCGCUCUUCAACUUGCUUUGCAUAAUAUUUACGCGAUUUCGUUGUUUUCUUUGUGUUGAAACGAACAAAACGGGCAAGAAAAAAAAAAAAAAAAGACGAAGAUCAAGUCUCACCUAUUUACAGUGUAAAAAGAGGUGAAGUUGUUACAAUUGAUGUUGUUGAGAGCGAGUGUUCUAUGAAGAAAGCGUAAUCAAUUUUGUUUUGGCGAUUUGAGUCUAAAUAAAAUGCGCACUAUUCAAAAUUA